AUGAAGCUGUGGAAGCCGCGUUUUAUCAAAUCUAGGGACGACUGCGACUUCAUCAUCGACGUCUCCUCCGAGACCAGAGGACCAAAGGCGCUAAAUGCUCUCGCCAACAGGAAUGUGCUGAUCCCGUUCUCUCGAUUGGCACGCCCACAGGAGGAUUUUAGCCAGGUGCUACGCGAUCGGCCGCUGCUGAUGCUGUAUCGCUCCGUACGUUUUCACACCGGUUACGUCGCCGGCGGUGAUACGCAACCUCAACAUUUUGUCGAAUUUCAGCUCGAUGCGGUGGUGUCAGCGUUCGGUCGGGCCACCACUGUCCAGCCGCUGAAGUAUGCGCGGACGUAG